AAAAAUGACUCAUACUCUCAUUUUUCUUUCUCUGCUCUCUGGUCAUAAAUCGUGUCGUGAUUUCCCCCAUUCUAGAGUGUGAGUGAGCACCCUGCUUCGAUUGGCCUCUGCCUCUUCCUUUGUUUGAAUGGUUUUCGUUGCAAAUUCUGGAUAAGUUUUUGGAAUGGCAGCAAUUUGCAGUCUUUACAUCAUCAAUAAGUCUGGUGGAUUGAUAUACUAUAAGGAUUAUGGGUCUGCUGGACGAAUGGAUACCAAUGACAGCUUGCGGGUGGCAAGUUUAUGGCACUCAAUGCAUGCUAUCUCUCAGCAGUUAUCACCUGUUUCAGGUUGUUUAGGAAUUGAACUUCUUCAAGCUGAUACUUUUGAUCUUCAUUGCUUUCAAUCACUGACAGGAACAAAAAUCUUUGUGGUGUGUGAGCCUGGAGCACAAUACAUGGAAAGUUUAUUGAAAUUUGUCUAUGAAUUGUACACGGACUACGUUUUGAAGAAUCCGUUCUAUGAGAUGGAGAUGCCUAUACGUUGUGAGCUCUUCGAUAUCAACCUAACACAGGCAGUACAAAAGGAUCGUGUUGCAUUUUUGGGCCGAUAAAUUUAUAUAUGACUCUUCUAAUUUCUAUAUUCUGAUGAGUACAUAUAAUCUGAAAAUUGUCAUUCAAUUUCUUGUAAGGGACGAGUUUCUUUUACUACUCCUAGCCUUUGUAUUUUAUCAAGAUUUACAAUGUCUAGGACAAGUUUCCAGACAUACGAGAUUCUGCAUUUCGAGCAAUGUUUUUCAUAUGGUAGUAGUUAGAAA